GAUCUUUGUCUGGAAGAGCUGAUGUCCAUUACCCAUCAGCCCCAGCGGUGUCUCGUUAGCCUCCGCUGUGUUGUGUUUGGUUCUGACCUGGUUCGACUGUCUCUGUCGGUACCGGGACUUCGAGUCUGAUCGGAACCGAGCCUCGGAGCUCGGACUACCUGAACUCUUCCGGUUGAUGCCGCUGGUCCGGAGGAGGAAGAAGAACCCGGAUGAGGAUCUGCAGGACUCCGCUCAGGUAGCUAACGGUUAGCAUGCUAAUAGGCUAACAAGCUGACCGUCAACUGUGUGUGUGCGUUCGUGCGUGUGCGCGCGCGUGUGUGUGUGUGUGGGUGCGUGCGUGUGUGUGUGUUUUAAACGUUAAAGUGUUUGUUCGUGUUUAAUUCUGUGAGUUAAUUUUGGGGCUAAAUGCUAACAGAGCUGUUAGCAGGGUUAGCUGAUUUUCUGUUAGCCUGUUAGCUAACUAGCAUUAGCAUGAAAACAAACAGGUGAGGCUUUACCUGCAGAUCUGAGGUCAAAGGUCAGUGUUCAGGUUCACUGAGAGCAGCAGCAGGAGUCCAGUCUUACAGGAUCAGGGUCACAUGAGUGAUUCUGGACUCUGGUCAGUUCUUGAAGCUGAUCUCAGUCAGCAGGUCUGAUGUCAGUUCAGUCUAGUUUGAAGUUCAGGUCUGCAGUAACAGAGUCUGAGGAGGAGGCUGGAGUCAGACUGGUCCACAGAAGACCGUCUGCAGCGUCAGUCCAGAGGAACCUCAGAGAGACCUGGUCAGAGACUAAACAGGGACAUAAAGAUCUGAAGGAAGAGGGAGAAAGAGAGGGACAGACAGACAGAAAGACAGAGAGGGACAGACGGACGGACAGACAGAGAGACAGACGGACAGACAGAUAGAAAGACAGAAAGACAGAAAGACAGACAGACAGACAGACAGAAAGACAGACAGACAGACAGACGGACAGACAAUCAGACAGACAGACAGACAGACAGACGGACAGAAAGACAGACGGACAGACAGACAGACAGACAGACAGGAGCUCAGUGUGUCAGAAAACUCAGAGUCUAAACCUGAAACAGAAAAACUAAGAGGUGAUCAAACCAGAGACAACUACAAACUGGACGCUCUGUCUCCUCUUUUCUCCUCCUCUGUCUCCUCCUCUGUCUCCUCUUUUCUCCUCCUCUUUUCUCCUCCUCUGUCUCCUCUGUCUCCUCUUUUCUCCUCCUCUGUCUCCUCUGUCUCCUCUGUCUCCUCCUCUGUCUCCUCUGUCUCCUCCUCUGCCUCCUCUUUUCUCCUCCUCUGCCUCCUCUGUCUCCUCUGUCUCCUCCUCUGCCUCCUCUUUUCUCCUCCUCUGCCUCCUCUGUCUCCUCCUCUGUCUCCUCUUUUCUCCUCCUCUGUCUCCUCUGUCUCCUCCUCUGCCUCCUCUGUCUCCUCCUCUGCCUCCUCUUUUCUCUUCCUCUGUGUCCUCCUCUGUCUCCUCUGUCUCCUCUUCUGUCUCCUCCUCUGUCUCCUCUGUCUCCUCUGUCUCCUCCUCUGCCUCCUCUUUUCUCCUCUUCUGUCUCCUCCUCUGUCUCCUCUUUUCUCCUCCUCUGUCUCCUCCUCUGUCUCCUCUUUUCUCCUCCUCUGCCUCCUCUUUUCUCCUCCUCUGUCUCCUCCUCUGCCUCCUCUUUUCUCCUCCUCUGUGUCCUCCUCUGUCCCUCUCAUCUGUUUGUCCAUCGUCUCUCACCCUCCCAGAUGAUGGCGCCGACGCGGAUGAAGCUUCGUGUUCGUCAGCGUGACAGUGCGGCGGCUGAGGCUGGAGUGGGAGGUGGCGGUCAGCAGGAGGCGGAGGAGCAGAGGAGCAGAGAGCGGGGGGGUCGAAGCAGCAGCAGGAGGAAGAACAGCUCCUCCACAGCUGUUGCUGCCUCCUCUUCCUCCUCCCCCUCUUCCUCCAGCGCCUCCGCCUCCGCCCGCGCCGUGAUGGCGGCAGAGGAGACCUCGCCGGAUUCCAAGUGUCCGAUCUGUCUGGACCGCUUCAACAACCUGGCGUACCUGGACCGCUGCCUCCACCGCUUCUGCUUCCUGUGUAUUCAGGAGUGGUCGCACAACAAGGCGGAGUGUCCGCUCUGCAAACAGCCCUUCACCUCCAUCCUCCACUCCGUCCGCGCCGAGGACGACUUCAAGGAGUACACGCUGCGGCCGGCGCCCGCUAACAGCAGCGUCGCCGCCACUGUGGCCAUGGUAGCAGCCAUUGCUUCAGCGGCGAGGACCAACCACCAGAUGAGGCUGAUGCUGAGGAGGCGCAGAGAAGGGGAGGGGGAGGCCGCGACCACGAGAAGGCGAAGAAGGGACAGGGGAGGGAGGGCGGGCAGGAGGGCGCAGGUGCGACCUUGGUACCUGGAUUCUCCUCCUCUUCCUCUUCCUGCGAUCUCCAUGCUCGCCGCUGAAGACAGCGAGGAGGGGGAGGAGCUGGAGGACCAGAGGAGAAAUGGAGCCGACCUAUCAGAGCGCGGCGUGAUAUUUGAAGGGCUGACAGGACUUGGGGGAGCGGUCACACCUUUGGCGCCCACUGACAGGGCGUCACGGCGGCUCAUGACCCGCUUAGCGGCGAGACAGAGGCUGCAGCGAGAAGGCGGGACCGUCAGGCGGCUGAGGGAGCGAGAGACGGUCGCUUUCCGCCGUGCGCUCUACCGCUGUGGUGUUCGGGUCAACAACAACGGUAACCAGGGGCAACAGCAGCGUGACGUCACAGCAGAGAGCUUCCGUAGGAACCCCACCCACCUAAACAGGCUCCGCCCCUGGCUGCGGCGGGAGCUCACGGUCUUGUACGGGGCGCACGGCUCACUGGUCGACAUUGUCCAAAGAAUCAUCAUGGCUCGGCUCGCCCGGCACGGCCUGGAGGACACGCCCACCAUAGAAGAAGAGCUGCGGCCUUUCCUGCUGGCGCGCACGGAUCACUUCCUGCACGAGUUGGUCAGCUUCGCUCGCUCGCCGCUCAGCCUGGAGGAAUUCGACCUACAGGCGGUCUAUGAACCGCCAGACACCGCCAUGGAGCUCGACGGGAUGAGCAGCUCAUCCAACAGCAGCUCCGUCAUCGCCAUCUCAGAAGGCGAGGAGGAGGAGAGAACGGGGGAGGGGAGCGCUCAUGAUGAUGUCAUCCAAACAGGAAGCUGCCUUAGCCUGUCGGCCUGGGACGAAGAGACGCCCGGCCCCUCCUACUCCACAGCGGAGCCGUCCUGCUCCGUGUCCUCCCUGUCUUUUAGCCCCGCCCCCCAGGAGACGGCCAAUGAGGAGGGAGGAGAGAAGAGACGGGAGGAGGAGGGGGAGGAGUGUCUGAUCGUCGGAUACAAGAAGCCGAUCGCAGAACGGACGCCGGAGCUGGUGCAGCUCUCCUCCGACACCGAGGAGGAGGAGGAGGAGGAGAGGAAGGAGGAAAGGGGGGAGGAAAGGAGGGAGGAAAGGACGGAGGAGAGGGCGGAGGCUGAGAAGCCCCUCGACCUCCCUUCCUCUCCCUCCCCCCUUUCUUACUCACCCACAGUCCCUCCCUCCACAUCUGGAACUCGAAGGGAGGAGCCAGAAGGGCAGAAGGAGGUGGGGCGGAGUCGCUCCUGGUCAGGCAGCUCAGGGAGGAGCAGGAAGUCGGUGAGCGCGCUCAGAGAGGGUGAAUGGCGGCGGAACAAAGAGAAGAGAGACAGGAAGUUUGGGGAGAGCGAGGUGACGAAGGAAAGGAGGAUGAAGAGGAAGAGGAGUAGGAGAGGGAGGGAGAGGAGGAAGAGCGGGACUCUCUACAACCCCGUUCACUCCAUUUAUCCCGCCGCCAUGAUGCGUCAGUGCUCACACUCCUCCUCGCCGUUUUACUCCAGUGCUGACUCCGCCUCCCCUCUGCCGCCUAGCCCACCUGACUCCACCUGGAGCGAGCCCUGCUCCCAGAUGUCCCCUCUCACCUCCUCUGUCUCCUCACAGUCCUCGCCAUCCUCCUCGCCUCUCUUCUCCUCCCCACAGCUGUCCUCGCAGACGCCCCCCACCCCGUCACUCUCCCCCAGUUACCGUGGUAACAGUCACCACACAGAGAAACCCGGCGGCAAGAGGAAGUACAAGAGUCGGCAUCUGGACAGCGACGAAAAGGACCCGACCUGGAGGCCGAGCAGCGGCCAUCGCAAGGAGAGAAGGAUGGAGCGAGGGGAGAAGGAAAGGAGACGGAGGAGGAGAGAGAAGCAGAGGAGGGACGCUCACAGGGCGAGAAGAAGGGACAGGUGAGAAAGACACUUCCUGUUUCCACGGUAACACGAAAUUUGAAAACAGAGACAGAAGGGUCAAAGUUUAACGAUGAAAAUCUGUCCGUUCAUCUUCGGGUCAGGGACAAAGAACCAGGUUCAUGGUCCUCAUCGUGUUUCUGUAGACCUUAGAGGACCAGGUUCUGUAGACCUUAGAGGACCAGGUUCUGGAGACCUUAGAGGACCCAGCAGACCAGGUUCUGUAGACCCUAGUGAACCCAGCAGACCAGGUUCUGGAGACCUUAGAGGACCAGGUUCUGUAGACCUUAAAGGACCCAGCAGACCAGGUUCUGGAGACCUUAGAGGACCAGGUUCUGGAGACCUUAGAGCACCAGGUUCUGUAGACCUUAGAGGACCAGGUUCUGUAGACCUUAGUGAACCCAGCAGACCAGGUUCUGGAGACCUUAGUGGACCAGGUUCUGUAGACCUUAGUGGACCAGGUUCUGGAGACCUUAAAGGACCAGGUUCUGGAGACCUUAAAGGACCAGGUUCUGUAGACCUUAGACCAGGUUCUGGAGACCUUAGAGGACCAGGUUCUGUAGACCUUAGAGGACCAGGUUCUGGAGACCUUAGAGGACCCAGCAGAACAGGUUCUGUAGACCCUAGUGAACCCAGCAGACCAGGUUCUGUAGACCUUAGAGGACCAGGUUCUGUAGACCUUAGAGGACCAGGUUCUGUAGACCUUAGAGGACCAGGUUCUGUAGACCUUAGUGAACCCAGCAGACCAGGUUCUGGAGACCUUAGUGGACCAGGUUCUGUAGACCUUAGAGGACCCAGCAGACCAGGUUCUGUAGACCUUAGUGGACCAGGUUCUGGAGACCUUAGAGGACCAGGUUCUGUAGACCUUAGAGGACCAGGUUCUGUAGACCUUAGUGAACCCAGCAGACCAGGUUCUGGAGACCUUAGUGGACCAGGUUCUGUAGACCUUAGUGGACCAGGUUCUGGAGACCUUAGAGGACCAGGUUCUGGAGACCUUAGUGGACCCAGCAGACCAGGUCCUAGAGUCUGACAGUCAAAUCUUGUCCCUGAUGGAGGGCUUCAGCUGCUCCACAGUCCAGGGUCUCCUCGGUUCUGUCCUCUGGUGGUCUGUUCUCUGUUUCUGAGACCCGUCCUGUUUCUCUUUGGUCCUCCAGCAGCAGCAGCAGGAGGUGCCGAGGAGACCGGAGUCCCAGUGUGGAGAUCAUCUACGAGGGAACGAUCAGUUCCAUCUCAACACAACCUUCGACUCGUGAACGACAACGGAAACGCCAUCGCAAGACACAACUCAACAGGUACACCGAGCGGUCCAGGUACCCAGAAUACACCUCUGUAAGGGAGGGAGGGAGGGAGAGAGAGAGAGGGAGGGAGAGAGAGAGAGAGAGAGAGGGAGGGAGAGGGAGAGAGAGAGAGGGGGGGGAUUGAGGGAGGGAGGAGAGAGAGAGGGAGAGAGAGAGAGGGAUUGAGGGAGGGAGGGAGGAGAGAGAGAGGGAAGGAGGGGGAGAGAGAGAGAGAGGAAGAGAGAGAGGGAGGGAGAGAGAGAGAGGGAGGGAGAGGGAGGGAGAGAGAGAGAGGGAAGGAGAGGGAGGGAGAGAGAGAGAGGGAGGGAUUGAGGGAGGGAGGGAGAGAGAGAGAGGGAGAGAGAGAGAGAGAGAGAGAGGGAGGGAGGGGGAGAGAGAGAGAGGGAGGGAGGGGGAGAGAGGGAGGGAGGAGAGAGAGAGGGAAGGAGAGGGAGGGAUUGAGGGAGGGAGGGAGGGAGAGAGAGAGAGAGAGAGAGAGAGGGAGGGAGGGGAGAGAGGGAGGGAGAGAGAGAGAGAGAGAGGGAAGGAGAGGGAGGGAUUGAGGGAGGGGGAGAGAGAGAGCUUUUCCCCUCUCUGUAGUUUUUAGGACAGCCAACAGGGGGCAGUCUGCUCCGUUUCUGACCCAAAACCACCUUUUAUUUUGAACAGAUCAACGUUUUAAAACUUUAUCUCCGUCGUUUAUUUCAGUUUAUCAGACCGUCUUCUUCUCUCAGAACAAACAUCAGAAACAUUCUUCAGCAGCUCUUCUUUUAGAGUCUCGUAGAUUUUUCAGAAGUCAGGACUUCACUAACCCUGUGAGCAGCAGAGCUGAGAAGGAUCUGGUUUUGGGGACGGGGGCCCACAUGACCGGAGCUCUUCACUUGUCCAGUCUGUCCGUUGACCCUGAGCUCAUAAUUACAGAGACAGUUUUUAAGGGUAACAGAAUCAGAUCACAGCUGCGCUGAAACUGAAACGAUGAAGAUCUUUUCUGCUGUGAAAUCAGAGUUCCUCUCAUACCAGCACAACCUUCAGCUGGAUGUUACACGGUCACGAUUCACGGUUCCAUUCAGUCAGGGGUGUCGGUAAAAAUAAUAAUGCUGUAAAUUUAACGACCUUUAACAAGAUGAGGAACCCGGUACGUGAAUGAAAAUGAUUUUACAUGAAGAAUUAAACCCAAAGCAGCUAAUCAUGAACUUUUAUUCAGACACGACCACAAAAACAUCAAUGAAUCAAAGUUAAAUUCAAAUCAAUUACAGACAAUGUAAAUAAAGUAAACAGAUCGAUAAUCCCACAUUACCAGAAAAAACCAGAACCUGUGUUUGUUCAAAGUUUAACGCCGAUGUCAGAGACGUCUGAGCGAGAAAAGUCUGUUUACAACGUGUGCGACACGAACACUGAUGUCUGUCUCUGUGUCUCAGCUCUCCGGUCAUCAUCACCCUGGACAGCGACAGCAGCCACGACAACAACAACGACGACGACGACAUCAACCUCAACGACAACUCUGACAGCGGCUGCAGCAGCCCGCUCAGCAGCCAGCAGACGGUCGACUUCUGCAGCCUCCCCCCGCUCCCUCUGAUGCCUUCUGCCGGGGUGGGUGGAGCCCUAAACGCCGACAUUGGGGAACUUCCUGUCGACAUUCUGGACCAAGAAUCUGACAGUUUGGAGCUAGAGCCAGCAGAGCGGUCAGGGGCUGGAGCAACCAUCGCCAUUGACAACAGUGACAACAGUGACGGCGAUGUGGAUGUGGAGAAAGUUGAAGGUUCGGUGCUUGGGUCCGAUGAAGACAAAGGACCGAAGAUGGACAAAGAGGCAGAAACCAGAGAGGCCAGACCUGUCAAGGAAGACUCUACAUCUACAGGAAAGACCUGUGAUCAGGUCCAGAUGAGAGACUCCAAAGACAUGCCAUCAGACCGCCGCCUACUAGCAACCAUCCUUAAUGACCUGAGAGGAAUCAGCGCUUCAAGCUCUGAGUCCAAUAAUUUAUCAGAUACAAGGAGAGCACAUCUGUGGGAACAUCCGAACAAAGGCAACCAACUGGUUCUGAGGACACAACACAACUUGGAUUUUUCUGAGGGGCUACCAUCCAGCAAUAUCAGGAACCAGAAUCAGAGAACGGACCUGCCUGCUCGGAGCUCCUCCUUACCCUCGCUGCCUCCAGUGGAGCAGCAGGAGGUUUGGGUCCAACAGCAGAGCCAGGACGUCCCUCCUCUCCUCAAAAAAGCCAGUCCCAUCCAGUCCCACAACAGGAAUACACCACCACCACUGAAGCACAAAGAUGCUGUGAGUCCACACCUGUUACCCAUUCCUACCAGUAACCUGCUUUCGGCUCAUGUUGGCAUCUCUAAAGCCUGUCCAGGUGAGCUGCCUCAGGACAACAAGGCCAUCCCCUCCAUCUCGACCCUGAAGAGACAGUUCACCGGUAGUCUGCCACUGCAAGGUUAUUCAGGCUCUGCAAGCAGCAGUUCAACCAUUAACAUCCAUUCUGUCUGUAAAACCGAUGACUUUCGUUCAGCUGCUCCUUCAGAGUUCGGAGCGUUAGCCAUAAACAUUCAUUCCACCACAGACAAACCUGCCUCAGAUUCUUGUUCCAGUGGGGCUGAUUUCUCUUUCCAUCCCUUAAACUCCCGUCAUUACCCCACAAAAGAACAACCUUUAGGCCACAGAGCUCCACCCACUGACUUGCACCCUGGUUGGUCUAAAGACGAGCCAGCUCCAACUGACUCUACCUCCGGACACUGCAGGAAUCGGAUACCAGGCCCAGAUUCCUGUCAGGUAGCAAUCAUUGACCUCCAUCCUUCCAGCAAGGAUUCAGUGGAAAGAACACUGCCAGGUAGUGAUGGUUUCUCAGGACCCAAUGACGCAUCACUUCCUGUUUGUGUUUCAACCACCGGUUCAAGGACUCGGACUCCCUCACUGCCUAUUGAGUCUCCUUGUAUGAGUGAGAACUUGUGUGAAAGGGUUCCACCUGCUGGAGUGAGCUCAGUACUGACAGCAGGUUCUGGUGGUAGGUUGACACCCAGAACUGAACCCAGAACAAAGUGUUCUGUUGACUUCUUCUCCUUCAGCGCAGCUUCAAAAGAACUCACAGAUAAGGCACCUUCGGGUCAUGGAGAAAGAACCGCUCAUGGUCGCCCCGUUGACUUACAUCUUCCAACUCCUGUUCCACCUGUUGACAAACACGAUAUCGUCAGCACGUUCAUCGACAAACACUUUAACCGCACGCCUUUGACUUCAACGGACUUUCAAAUGCAAGAGAGUAAAAACUGCUCUGUGUCCAGACCAGAUAUUUACUACCCCCCCCACUCCGGUUCAACAUCCAACCACAUGGAAAAAACCCAGAACCUGCCGUUCAACAUCCAGACCAGCUCAACACAAAAAACCUCAAAUGACUUCCAUCCCAAAGUUCAGACAACCGUUGACUUCCAUUCAGACUCUCCUCUGAGAGACCUUCAGCUCCCUACAGACCGCCACGCCUCCCAACAGUCGGCUGAGAACCACCUCAGCUCAUCCUCGCCUGUGGACGCCCGUUCAGACUCUCAGUCGUCUGUGGAUGAACAGUCGGCCAGAAGCCUUUGGAAAACACACGCAGGCCUAAAAUAAUCCGGUGUUCUGAGGACCUGAAGGAGAAGACCUGCUGAUUUUUACCUUGAACUUCUUUAAACCCAAAUGUUUAAAUUAAUGAUCGUGUUCAUGAAAAUGUUAAAAACGCUGUUUGUCUGUCUGUGAGGAGUGCUGUUUAGAUCAUGAAUCUGAAGGUGAGUUGGUGUUUUUUACUCGGAGUGGAGUCACACGUUCAGAUCUUUUUUAUUUGGACCCUGAAAACGUUGAAUUAGAGGCUGUAGUUAAACAGAAAAACCAACUGAAGAGUUUGAACCUCAAAAUCGAACUGCUGAGUUAUUUUCCAUCUUGUUUUGAGAAUGUUGAUCAUUGCUGUUAAAAUGAGGAGGGUCCAAGACGAGUGAAAUCACACAAAAUUCAAAAGACUAAAAAAAUCAUUAAAAGACUUGAUAUGUGCUCUGGAUCCUGGAUUUGUCUGUCAGCCCGUCAGGAUCGGGGUCUUUGGUCCUCAGUCCUGAUCCCAUCGGUAUCGUUGGCUGUAAGUAUCUGCUGAAACUCAAUCAGAUCAGGUCAGAUCCAUCUUUUCAGGGAAGUCUGUAAAUCUAAACCUGUUUUUAGUUCCUCGGCAUCAGACAGAUCAGCGUCUCGGUGUAAAACGGACCUUCAUGCAGAAAUCUGUUGAGCUGGAGGUCAUCGUGGAGAAUUUCAUCUUUCUGUUCUUUUCUUAAAUUUUAAAAACUGACAGACUGGAAAAAUCAUUUGAAGUCAGGCAGAGAUGGAGUUUGACUUCCUGUCCACUAGAUGGAGCCUGAACCUUCUUUUUCCUCCUCCUCCUUCUCGCUCUCUCGCUUUCAUUUUACCUUCACAUCUCUCGCUUCUUCCCUCUCUUCCUCACAGACAUAAUGAGCCCCAAGGGAGGGAGAGAGACGCUCCCUCACACUAAUUAGGACGAUCAGGGUUCGAUUAAACGGCUGUUAAACACACUCUGCUGUGGAUCAGUGCCAAGUCCUCACUUCGGUUAAAGAAAGUGGAGAAAAGCAGAGCUGAAGAGAAGCUCACAGACCGAGGAGACGCUUACUGGACUGACAGAAGUUCAGGAAAAGACAGAUGAGACACACUGAGUCCAGAGGUCCGACUGAAAUGUCCCGGAUCUCUUAGCACCUUUAGAAAAACCACACAGCUGAUAGACAGUUCCUGCUGUGUCCCUGUGAGCAAACAAAGGAUUUGUGCCGAUCACACGCGUCCAUGAAAAAGAGAGAAUUCAGGAAGAGAUAAAGUGAUGGAAACAGAAUAUGACCCAACGGUCUCUGCUGCCGAGUCUGUCCCUGCUCAGCUCUCACUGUCCCAUGGUCCUGUGCAGGGCUCCCUUAUUCCCCGGGUCCCUGCAGUCCCUGCUGCCCGACUUCUCGUGUUCCUUGUCAAGCUCCUGGUUGUCUUCGCUGCGUGUUCUGCUCGUGUUCUCAGUCCAACUCACCAGGGUCUCCUCUGUCCAGCUCUCCAUCUUCUCUGCUGCCUUCAUCCUUAUUCUUUUAGCUCUCCGGUGUUUCUUCCCAAUCUGUACGUUUCCAUGUUGUUUAAAAAAUGAUGGACUGUCUUAGUCUGAGUCCAAAGAGCUCUAACUUCAGACAAACACACCUGGAUAAUCGGGUCAAAGUGAAGUUGGCAUAAGCAAUCCGAGCGCUCUCCGGUGUUUGUGAGUCCAGCUUUGAGGUGGAAGUCUGUUAUCAUAAAGACGUGAGGAGAAAUGAACGUUUACUGUCGUAUAAACAAACGGUAACGAGGUGUUCAAGUGUUACAGACAGAUGUCCCGUCAGCCGCUCGCUGACACAUUUCCUUGAUUGUUUUGAUCAGUAAUACGUCGACUGGGAGAUGAGCCAACGGUUACGACCUGAACCGGACUUGUUGCCUCCUGUCACAACAGAGUGGACUCACUUCUGUUGAUGGUUUGACUCUCUCCCAGUCCUUGUAAACUGGAGCAAGUACAGUAGACCAGUCCAGUCUCUCAGCUUCACGGUUCCUCCUGAUCAUCUCUGCUGCUCAUGUCGGCCUCUGUUCCUCCGUCGAGGAUCCCCCUGUCCAUCAUGACACUUCCUGCGCACCAGUUAGCUUGUUGGCUUCUCAAAACAAAAUCAGAUCCAGAGUCAAAACAAGAUGCUGCCUUCUGAUCUAAACCCAGACGAGCUUUGGGGAAUAUUACGGAACAGUAGGCCUGGACGAUAUAGAAAAAAAGCAUAUCGAUAAAAAAUAAGUCAUAUUGAUCGAUAUCGAUAAUUAUCGAUAUAAUUAUUAUAAUUAUUUAACAUAUAUUUUAAUUGCAGCCCUGGAUGUUUUAUGCUAUUGCUUAAUGACCUACUUUUAAUAAAGAACACACAAGCACUGAAUUCAAA